GUACCAGCGCUCACACACCCGUGGGCGCAAGCGCACGCACACCAACGCAGCGCAACACAACACCGAACGCGCAACUUAUUGAUUAUUUUCGGCCAGUGUCAACUGUUGUUUUUUUUUUUUUUUUCACGCCACAACCGCCGUCGUUUUUUCGUCCCCCUUUUUUUUUUGCCCUUCCCCCCCGUUCGGUUUCUCCGACCGAUACCCGUCUGCCGGACCGUCUUGAAACGGCGAUCGCGGCGGCCGUGCGUGACGCCGAACCGCGCGUUUUUCGAUUGCGGAUGGCUGCCGAUGCUGCGGUGGUUAUGAGGAACGCGCUGUUGCUCGCGUAGGACGUCGUCGUCGUCGCCACCGCGGUCCCGACGGCGUUCCGUCGACACACCGUCGCGCGAGUCCUGUAACGGCGCCCCGUCGGCCGUAUCUCGCCACUACGGACGCUCGCCGCAGCCGCUCAUACACCGUAUGGCCGUGCGCCGAUCUCGUGGACGUCGAUAAGCGGGUGAGUGAUCAACGAUGAAUGCACUGCUGCCCGCUCGGCCGUUGAUCGUUGUCCAUCCCCACUGGCUAGAACUACGCAUUAGGAGUUUUCUGGUGCACCUGAUGGACGCCUCCGGUGAAAAGUUUUGACCGAACCACAUUCCGCCCUUGGACUUACUUUGAUUAACGCCCGUUGAACGAUAUCAAAUUGACGAUAGUUCAAUACAAAGAAUAUUUAUUCACCAAUAUUUAAUCACAACUAAUUAUGUUGCCCAAUACAAUUGCUCUGUCAUCAACUUUGCCAAGAGUAAAAAAUAAAAAUUAUAGUCAAAAUGUGGAAUGUGUUUCAUAUUCCAAGUCAGUUGAUUUUCAAAGAGAUCGAAAAAGUUGGCCAUUACCUCAGGUAGUUGAGUGUGUUGCCCUUGAUACAGUGUCACAUAUAUCACCGUCAGAAAGUGUAAAUGAAAGUAAUAUUGUGGAUUCAAUUCCAUUACACAAUGGCUGUGUAACGGUUUUCCAAGCAGAAAAUGUACAAACCGAUUCAAAAAAAGAUUUGUUUUUUGACGAUAGCCCCACAAAUAAUGCAACUAAUGUUUUAAAAAUUGUCUUGCCUCUAGUCAAUGAAAAUGUGCCAUUGAGCUGUCAGUCACCAACAGUUGUUGAGGAUGAACUCUUACCAAAAUUAUUUUCAGUCAAUAAUAACGUGCAAUAUUCUCCAAAACACUGUGAAGAUGUGCCAGUUUGUGUUAGUAAAUAUGUAAAUAAUAGAAAUCAUUCUUUACCCGAAGAUAAUGAGCUAAAUCGAUUUAGUUCUACAUUUGAAAAUAUAAAAUCUUUGCUUAAAGAAGGUCUAGUAGACGGCUUAGAUGAAAUGCCUCCAGACUUUUUACCACCAAAUCCACCUCUGUUGUACAGAGUUUCUUCGUUACCAAAUCUAAGUCAUGACAGUACAAAAAACUAUAAUUCAUGUUCAUACUUAACAAUGUGUGCAACCAAACACGAAUUAUUUAUGAAUAAGCUUUGCAAAAAUAUUGCCAAACAUGAUAUGUCUGUGCAAGUAUCAACCGAAUUAUUUAAAACUCAAAAUGAAAAAAUUUAUGUCGACACAAGCUGCCAGACAGAAGACAUUUUUUUAAACUGCCAAGUAAACGAUGAAGUGUUGACAAAAGAUACGGACCAUAAUUUUUGUCAUACUAGUAGUAACAUUUUAUACGAAGAACAUGAAAUGAAAAUUAAUGCAGACAAUGAAAUUCAAUGUGACUUAGGAAAUGAUAGUAUUGGAUAUACUAAUGUUUUUAAUAAAGAAUUUGAACAUAAAACCCAUGUUGAGAAUGACUGUACUAAUACUGGUUAUACCAAUAUUAAUAUUUUCAACAUAGAAUGUGAAACCAAAACUAAUGAAGAAGAAAAUUGUGCCAGUUUUGAUUAUGUGAAUACAAAUAUACUCCACAAUGAACAUGAAGUUAAUGCGAACGAAGAAGAUUGUACCAGUGUUGGCUAUAUAAAUAUUAAUGCUUUUAUUACACAAAAAAAAAAAACCGAUAUAGAGGACGGUUUUACUAAUGUUAGUUAUACUAAAAUAACCACGUUUAACAAGGAAAAUAAAAUAAAAUCUGAUAUUGAAAACUGUACCAAUAUUGAUUACACAAAUAUGAAUGUAAUAGACAAUGGAAAUGAAGUGGGUAUUAAUGAUGAUGAGUUGUGUUCAAAAAUCAACUGUACCAAUAUGAACUUGUUUGAUAAGGAGCAUGAAGUCAAAACUAAUGGAGAGGAUUGCGUUGACAUUGGCUAUACAAAUUUCAGAUUAUACGAUAAAGGACUUGAAGUUGAUUCCAAUGAUGAUUGUGAAAACUAUGCAAAUGCUAAUAUUUUAGAGGAAUUUGUGAAUGAACAGUUAAGUCUUAAUAACACAGAUGGUGAUUUUGAUUCAUUUUUAUUUGGACCUCUACCUCCUUCACCUAUUGAAGAAAAUGUUUCAGAACUGCCUAUUAUAAAUAAUGUUGAAACAAAGAGAGAAAACUCAGCACCUGUACCUUUCAUAUUUGAUGUUCAUAAAAAUCAACCAAGUACUUCAAUAAUUAAAUCUCGUUCAAUAGAUGCUGAAUUUUCUCAUAAUUUUCAACAACAUCAAAAAAUUGGUACGCGAUCGGUGCAGUCAGAAAGAAGAACUUAUCCGUCUGAAAUUCCUAUUUCUGAUGGAUACCCAAAACCAUUAAUGCCUAAGUCCAGUAUUCAUCCCAGUACUAUUGAAAAAUUAUCCGAUAUAUCUAGUUCAUUACCAGAUACUCCACUUUUAGGAAGAUGUGAUUUUCCUCGACAAUAUUCAGCUACUGGUACUAAAACAAUGACUCAAAUGUCGAAUAGUUUGAGUAUUAACAUGAGAGGUGCUGGUCAUGGUUCUAGUAUUGGUUUGGGUCAAGCAAUGGCCGGCGCAGAGCUGUUGCAUUUAAAUGGACCUGGUAGGGGUUGGUACCCCCGUCAAAGGCAGUUUCGUCCUGUUUCAGUUGAGCAGCUUGAUAAAUUAGCCAGCAAAAGUCCAGUAGGGCACUCACAAUGGGAUUCUAGAGAAGGGCAUAAACCAGUUACAUUACCUCCUAACCUUACACCCAAGUUCUUCCACAGGUCUCCUAGAGAAGCACUUCGGCGUGUUACUAGUCUACUUAUUAGAAAGGGUAAUACAAAUAAAAAUAACAAAUCCAAAACUGUAUUCUCGUCUUCAGUGAUUGGCCCACAUGGAGAUAUUAGUGAAGAAUGUGUGACCAGUCAAGCAAAACGUGGAUUUUUCAAAAGCUUAUGGAGAAAAUAAGACUUAUUAUAAUGUGCAAUCAAAUUAUACGGCCAACUGUCUUAAUUAAUUAAUUUUUAUUUAUUAAAACUCUGUCUUCAAAUCUAUGUUUAACCUUACUUAUACUUUACUAACUUUUAAUAAUUUAAUUAAUUUAUUAUUAUUAUUAUUUUAUUUUUUUUUUAUUGAAUUUUAUGAAUUAUAAACUUAGUGAUAGAAUGUUUGAAGUUAUAUUUAUGUAUAUUAUUUUUUCUUUAACAUGAGUAUUAUUGUUUUUUUCUUUUUUUAUCUAUGUAGAUUUUUCAGAUUGCAAUAAAUGAUUUUUACAAAUAUAGUUUCGUGGUUUUUUAUCUA